UCCAGGAAUUUAUAAGUAUUUAACCUUGCUCAAAAUGAGCAAAGAAGAAUAAUGGAAGCCCCUGAAUACCUUGAUUUGGAUGAAAUUGACUUUAGUGAUGACAUUUCUUAUUCAGUCACAUCACUCAAGACCAUCCCAGAACUGUGCCGAAGAUGUGAUUCACAGAAUGAAGACAGACCAGUUUCUAACUCUAGCUGGAAUUGUGGCGUCUCAACUCUUAUUACAAACACACAAAAGCCCACAGGAAUUGCUGAUGUGUACAGUAAGUUCCGCCCAGUGAAGCGGGUUUCCCCACUGAAACAUCAGCCAGAGGCUCUGGAGAACAAUGAAAGUGAUGACCAAAAGAACCAGAAAGUGGAGUACCAGAAAGGGGGUGAGUCUGACCCGAGCCCCCAGCCUGAAGAGCUCAGCCCCGGAGACGGAGCGGGUGGCCCACCAGGUAAGAGCUCUGAACCCAGCACCUCACUGGGAGAACUGGAGCACUAUGACCUCGACAUGGAUGAGAUUCUGGAUGUGCCUUACAUUAAAUCCAGUCAACAGCUUGCCUCCUUUACCAAGGUGACUUCAGAAAAAAGAAUUUUGGGUUUAUGCACAACCAUCAAUGGCCUUUCUGGUAAAGCUUGCUCUACAGGAAGUGCUGAGAACUUGCCAUCCAACAUGGCACCAUUUUGUGUUCUUUCUCCCGUGAAAAGUCCUCACUUGAAAAAAGCAUCAACUGUCAUCCGGGACCAGCACAAGCUCUCCACUGAAGAACCUGAGAGCUCGCCUCCUCUGGCUAAAUGUAGCUCUGCCUAUGAGCCUGAAAACCAGAGUAAAGACUUCCUAAACAAGACCUUUAGUGAUCCACAUGGUCGAAAAGUUGAGAAAACAAUGCCAGACUGCCAGCUCAGGGCCUUCAAUCUGCAAUCCUCAGCAGCAGAAACCAAACCAGAAGAGCAGGUCAGUGGCCUGAACUGGACUAGUUCCCAAGGCCCAGAAGAAAGGAGUGAGUAUCUGAAAAAAGUAAAAAGCAUCUUGAACAUCGUUAAAGAAGGACAGAUUUCGCUCCUGCCACACCUAGCUGCAGACAAUCUAGAUAAAAUUCAUGACGAAAAUGGGAACAAUCUGUUGCACAUUGCCGCAUCACAGGGACACGCUGAAUGUCUACAGCACCUCACUUCUUUGAUGGGAGAAGAUUGCCUCAAUGAGCGCAACACCGAGAAGUUGACUCCAGCAGGCCUGGCCAUCAAGAAUGGUCAGUUGGAGUGUGUACGCUGGAUGGUGAGCGAAACAGAAGCCAUUGCAGAACUGAGUUGUUCUAAGGAUUUUCCAAGCCUUAUUCAUUACGCAGGCUGCUAUGGUCAGGAAAAGAUUCUUCUCUGGCUUCUUCAGUUUAUGCAAGAACAGGGCAUCUCAUUGGAUGAAGUGGACCAAGAUGGCAACAGCGCCGUUCAUGUUGCCUCACAGCAUGGCUUCCUUGGGUGCAUACAGACCUUGGUUGAAUAUGGAGCAAAUGUCACCAUGCAGAACCACGCCGGGGAGAAGCCCUCCCAGAGCGCCGAGCGGCAGGGGCACACCCUGUGUUCUAGGUACCUGGUGGUGGUGGAGACCUGCAUGUCACUGGCCUCUCAGGUGGUGAAGUUAACCAAGCAGCUAAAGGAACAGACAGUGGAACGUGUCACAUUGCAGAACCAACUCCAACAACUUCUAGAGGCCCAGAAAUCAGAGGGCAAGUCACUCCCUUCUUCACCCAGUUCACCAUCCUCACCCGCUUCCAGAAAGUCCCAAUGGAAAUCUCCAGAAGCAGAUGAUGAGUCUGUAGCCAAAAGCAAAUCAGGAGUCCAAGAGGGGAUUCAGGUUCUUGGAAGCCUGUCAGCCACCAGCCGGGCUAGAACCAAAGCAAAAGAUGAAGAUUCUGAUAAAAUUCUACGCCAGCUAUUGGGAAAAGAAAUCUCAGAGAAUGUCUGCACCCAGGAAAAGCUGUCCUUGGAAUUCCAGGAUGCUCAGUCUUCCUCAAGAAAUUCAAAAAAGAUCCCUCUGGAAAAGAGAGAACUGAAGUUAGCCAGGCUAAGGCAGCUGAUGCAGAGAUCACUAAGUGAGUCCGACACAGACUCCAAUAACUCUGAGGACCCUAAAAACACCCCCGUGAGAAAGGUUGACAGGCCCAGGCCACAGCCCAUUGUAGAAAGCGUGGAGAGUAUGGACAGCGCAGAAAGCUUACACUUGAUGAUAAAGAAACAUACUUUGGCAUCAGGAGGACGUAGAUUUCCUUUUAGCAUCAAGGCCUCCAAACCUCUGGAUGGCCAUAGCCCAUCCCCCACCUCAGAGAGCAGCGAACCAGACUUGGAAUCCCAGUAUCCAGGCCCAGGGAAUAGUCCUCCAAGCCAGCCCUCGGGAGAUACCACUCAGCCCAGCCCUGACAGUACUGCUGCUCAGAAAGUUGCCACAAGUCCCAAGAGUGCCCUCAAAUCUCCAUCCUCCAAGCGCCGGACAUCUCAAAACUCAAAACUCAGAGUUACUUUUGAGGAGCCUGUGGUGCAAAUGGAGCAACCUAGCCCUGAACUAAACGGAGAAAAAGACAAAGAUAAGGGCAGGACUCUCCAGCGGACCUCCACAAGUAGCGAAUCAGGGGAUCAAUUGAAAAGGCCUUUUGGAACCUUUCGAUCCAUCAUGGAGACACUAAGUGGCAACCAGAACAAUAAUAAUAACUAUCAGGGAGCCAACCAGCUGAAGACCUCUACAUUACCCUUAACCUCACUUGGAAGGAAAACAACAGAUGCCAAGGGAAACCCUGCGAGCUCUACUAGCAAAGGAAAGAAUAAGGCAGGGAUGUACAGCAGCUGCAUCAAUCUUUCCUCUAAUACCCUGGCUGAAGAGCAUCUGCGUAACUAUGCACGGCAUGAUGACAUCAAUAGAAAAAUGAAGAAAUCCUACAGCAUUAAGCACAUUGCUGAGCCAGAGUCAAAAGAACUCUUCUUGUAAAUCAAUUUUUUUAAUUAUCUCUCAAUGAUACCCUUUGGAAACCAUUGGAAAUUUCUGGACUAUUCUCUAUGGAAAUAGAACCAUAAGAACAAUGCCUCACCAGCAGAAGAACAGAAUAUCAGGAUGCCUUAAAUUUAUAACAGUAGACUAUAUAAGGUGCAUUUUUUGGGUGGUACCUGUAAAUAUAACUUGUUUUUUAAAGAGAUGUUGUUUAAAAGCAUGAUUGGGAAAAUGUAUGUUUUUUAAGAUUAGAUUGAUUCAACCUACCCACAGGACAUUCAGCAAGCCACUGAUGCCAUUUUGUAUUUCUUCAAUUGCAUGAGUAUUUGCUAAUGUUGGUUGAACUUCCCUUUCACUAUAAUAUGGGCAGAUUUGGCUCAGCAACUCAAUGAGACCAGGUCAGUGGUAUUGUUUUCUGUCAAGAGUGUUUUUUCUGUCGUUUCUACUUUUUGUAUAAAGGAAAUAAAACAAUGUUAACAGCCA